AAGUUUUAUCGAUUGACUCCCUUUUCAAAAAUUAUUAAAAAAAUUCAUCUGACAACCUAUCAUCCGACGAUCAAGGACUUGCAAUCUCUAGCCCCUAGCUUACAAGGAGUCCGUAUAUGUGUUGGCACUUGGCAGUAGUGCAGAAGACGUUGGUGUGUGUAAAGUUCAAAAUUUUGAAAGAUUAGCAAAGAUUUUGUUUUGUUUUGUUAAAGAACACCCUAAACUACGAUGGCGGUUGAUAAAAGAGCUUGUGUCGUGGUGUUAGGGGACGUGGGAAGGAGCCCAAGGAUGCAAUAUCAUGCUUUAUCACUAGCAAAAGAAGGAUACAGUGUAGAUAUUGUUGGAUAUAGUGGAUCGGCUCCUCAUUCAGAUCUGUUGUUCUCUCCAAAAAUAUCAUUCCAUUAUAUGAACCCACCUCCUUCCUUUAUCUCAAUUUUUCCUCGGUUCAUCACAUACUUCCUAAAAGUUCUAUGGCAAACUUGGUUUUUGGUUUGGACUCUCUUUUGGAUAUCUAAACCAAGUUUCUAUCUAGUGCAAAAUCCACCUUCAAUUCCCACACUUCCAGUUUGUUGGUUUAUAGCUAGAGUCAACAGAACUCAGCUGGCUAUUGAUUGGCAUAACUAUGGCUACACAAUCAUGGGACUUACUCUUGGUCCCAGUCAUUUACUGACUAGAUUUUCACAUUUCAUUGAAGCGUUUUUCGGGAGAUUUGCUGGCAUAAAUAUGUGUGUGACAAAAGCUAUGAGUCAAGAUCUUCAAAAGAACUGGGGUGUUUGUGCUGCUACAUUGUAUGAUCGACCAGCAGAAAUAUUUCGUCCGGUAUCCUUGUCUGAGAAACAUGAACUUUUUCUCAAGUUGGGAAAGGAUUAUCACGAGUUUUCCUCUUCUCGCCCAGAUGACACUCUACUGACGGAACGUUUUGCUGAUGGAGAAGUUCGACUACGUUUAGAUCGUCCAGGUCUGCUUGUGUCGAGCACAUCUUGGACAGAAGACGAAGAUUUCUCUAUUUUGCUCGAUGCUUUAGAUGAGUAUGAGCUGAACCGAUCAGUUAAUUCAUCUGAUUACCCGCCAUUAUUGUGUGUUAUAACUGGAAAAGGACCCCUCAAAAAUUAUUAUGCUAAACUCAUUCAGGCCAAGGAAUGGCAGCACGUAGAAAUAUGUACUCCAUGGCUCGAACCGGAAGACUAUCCAAAACUGAUCGCCAGUGCUGACUUGGGGGUUAGUCUUCACACGUCCUCCUCUGGAUUCGAUCUGCCGAUGAAAAUAGUAGACAUGUUUGGAUGCGGUUUGCCUGUCUGUGCUGUCGGAUACGAUUGUUUGAAGGAGCUGGUAACAGACGGCAAAAACGGAAUGAUUUUCAAGACCGCAGGUGAUUUAGCUGAUAAACUACUCGCCUGGUUCCACGGAUUUCCGCAGAACAACGAAGAAAAUCGUCAGCUCUACCGUCGUCAAUUGGAGGUAUACCAAAGCCUGCGCUGGCAUAGCGAAUGGUGUAAAGUAGCGUUGCCCCUUUUGUCCGUCGACUAACUAAACGCAUAAGUCAAAAUUACACUGGUCAAAAAGAGUCGGAGAAAGCUCUUUGCUGGUUUUCAAACGCCA